CAACCCAUACACUGUACACAGAAGGAUAGCACAAGAGUUCUAAAGUGAUGAGUGGAAGGGAUCUGCAUACGUUCAUCACACAAUACAGAGCAGAAGAUGUGGAAAAACUGACACAGCGGAUGAAAAAUGGUCUUGGCAGCUCAAAGUACAAGCCGGCUGAAUAUAAAAGACUGCAAGCUAUUGUUGAUGCUAAACGCCUGGAGUCUGAUCUAAUUGGACAAAAGGUUCAGAAGACCCACUGUGCAGCCAAGGCAACCAAGGAAAGCUCCAUUUUACGGCAGCACAGACAGGUGUGGAGCAGAGAGUGCCCCAGGCUGCAAAAGGCUGAGGAGAAAGCUGAGAAUGACAUCCAUGAUUUUAUAGAGCAGAUUAGACCAAAUGGUAGAACGGACACUGCCAUCUUCUCACUUCGGGACUAUGAGCUGUUUCUUGAGAAAGAGCAGGAGGCAUUCAGGAUAGCAACUGUGGAGCCUGUUCUACAGCUCAGGGAUGACCUGUGCUUCAGACUGGGUGAAGUACAACAUCAGCAGCUCACUGCCCAUCUAUCAAACUGGGAACAAGUAAUACAACAGAUACACUUUGUGAAAGACCAGCAAGAUAACAUUACUGCAAAACUUCAUGCAGAGCACCUGGCUUUGGAGAAGGAGAUUAUGGAUCUUGGUUUGGAGACAUAUCUUUCUAGUGCUUCAGAUAAUCUGAUGAACACUGAAAACAUUCCAGAGGAGGUUUUGAAUUCAGACUGCCCUUACCCAGAGCUGAAGGACUCCCUGAUCGAGGCCUUCCACUCCCUGUCAGAAAGAUACCAGAGAAGGCUGCUGAGUCUUCAAGAGCAAUUACAAAGAACAGACAGGUUCUGUGGCUGGCAUCCAGAGGACCACCUACGCUACCAGUUCACAUUGUUUCAGUACACUCAUGACAUACCCAACCACAGAGCACUCUGCAUGGACAUGCUGCAAAGACUCUUUCCUGAGAAAACUAGACAAGAGCUGAUGGAGCAUGAACGUGUGUUGAACUGGCAGCGCUUCACCCAGGCACAGCUGACCGUACUGACCCAGCAGUGGCAACGGGAUCAGGAGGAGCUACUGGCCAGAGCUCUGGUCACAUUGCAAGAGGCAAGACAUGCCCACCAGGAGGAGCUGGAGCUCCACAGAGACCGCCAGAACCAGCAGGACAUCUGCUCACAUCUCAGAGAGAAGCUGCAGCGGUGGCGGGCCCAGCAGGAGGAGGUGGCGAAGCUAGAGGCAGCUAUAGCUGCUAGACAGCGAGCAGAGGAAGAGGCGAGGUUAAAGAGGGAGCAGGAGAGGGAGGCUGCCAUUAGGUCACAGCAAAAAGAUGAGGUCAGGCAGUUUUAUUUAAAGCAGCAGAGGAGAAGGGAGGUGCUGGAGCAGAGGGAUCAAGAGAGACUUGCUAAUCUGAGGAGCGUCAUGGAAGAACAGGCAAGGCGAGAUAAAGAGAGGGUGCAGUUUAGGGCGGAUAUGUUGCAGCGACGAAGGGAAGAGAGAGAGGCGCGGGAGCUUGAGCGUCAGAGACAAGAAGAAGAGAAACAGAAUCGUCUGGAAGCUCUCAGAAGCCAGGUUGUAGUGGUGGCAGAGGCAGACCCAGAGAGGAUGAUGGCAGAUACGGAGGCUUGGAGGAGUCGACACUUGAACGUAAAUGAGUUUGAGCUCCAAAGGCCUCUCUAUAGUAUUAACACGUACACGGACACACAGAUUGUGUCUGAUCCAAGGGUGCGGGUUGAGCAAGCUCUGCGAGAGGCUGGUCUGCACCACAGUCAGUAUGCCAAGGAGGUUCUGUCUGUUAUCAAGCCCCCCAAACCACCUCGACGAGACACGAAAUCAAUACUCAAAUUCUGACUGAGGGCUUGUCGGGGUCAUAUUAUCAAGUUCAACCAAUAAUAUUAUAUAUAUAUAUAUAUAUAUAUAUAUAUAUAUAUAUAUAUAUAUAUAUAUAUAUCAUUGUAAAUAAGCUGAAUUAUUGACCACCACAUGACGCUGGUUUUAUACUCUACAGGACCUCACAAGCAAUAAAGUAUCAUACGGUUUCUCUGAGUGAUGAUAAACAUGUACAUCCAACAGAUGAAAAUGACCUCUCUGCUCAUUUAUCAAUAUUUAAUCAUUGCUUAUGUUACUUUCAGGACGUUUGUAUGUAUAUAUGAGCUUGUAUGGCAGCAUUCAAUAACACCUUCAUCACUGAAUUACAUUAUGGAAAAUUCCCCUUCAUGUUCCUGUGUCACAUGGGAGGAAUCACUUGUGCUUCUCAUCAAAAAAGCAUAUAAGAAGAAAAAUGUUAAAACUAGCCACUACUGUGUGGCUGCAAACCUCCACUACUAGCCAACAGUUUCUCAGUUUUGAUUUUUAAUCCAAACAUUCACGUGAGGUGAGUUUCAUGAUCCUACAAGCAUCCCCUUAGAAUUUGAAAUAGUAUCUUGAUCUGUCAGAUUUAUAGUUAAAAUGAUUAUUGUCUAUGUUGCAGAACUUGUUGUUCCUCACCCCAGGUGCAAGUUGAACUUUUUUCGUGUUUUUACAGAUAUCAUGCUUACAAACUGCCAAAUUAACUACAAGAAGUUGAAAAACAGUUUUUUUUUUUUUUUGGCUCUUGAAGUCAAAUAUUACAAUCAACAUACAGAAGACAUUAUUUAGAAAAUUACUGUUGGCUUACAUAAGUACCAGAGUUAAAUUAAAUAUCAAAAGAUACAAUACAUACUUACACACACACACACACACACACACA